ACGCCUAAUUAAGGGAUCUAAUAUUGUUGCGUUAUUUCUGAAAUCAUAACUUGUCCUGCUCGCUGCUCCUGAGCUGUCAGGUUGAGAAUUAUCAUCGGUGUUUGAAAGCAACAGCUGGCGAGCAGGACUCAUAAAAACUCCCGAUUCACCGCAAACACCAACAACGCGAUGAGUACAAUCGACGUCUUAUUUCUAUAAAUAUAAUAAGUUUGAGCCUGAGUGGCUUGAAAUCCUACUAACGUUGUGUUUACUUAUUUCUCUCCAGCUUUGCAAGGUUAUUUGGACAUUUGAAGUUAUAGUUUAAAUUGAACUGAACUAAUAUAUGAGUCACUGUAUUGUGCUGAAUACGUAUAUUAGUAAUGACAAAAUACAGGCAAUGUUUGUAGCCACACAGCUCAUAUUGGUAUAAAUAUUCAAAUGAACGUAAGCUUCAGAGGAUGUAUUUGGAUUCAAAUAUAAAAGGUUACAGAAGGAACUGCUAGCCUUGCAGAAUGAUCCGCCCCCUGGAAUGAAGCUAAAUGAGAAGAGUGUACAGAACACCAUUACACAAUGGAUUGUGGAUAUGGAAGGAGCCUCUGGUACUCUUUAUGAGGGGGAGAAAUUUCAGCUUCUUUUUAAAUUUAGUAGUCGUUAUCCCUUUGACUCACCUCAGGUAAUGUUCACAGGAGACAAUAUACCUGUCCAUCCCCACAUUUAUAGUAAUGGCCAUAUCUGCCUGUCCAUCUUAACGGAGGACUGGUCACCAGCUCUUUCUGUGCAGUCCGUUUGUCUUAGCAUUAUUAGCAUGCUGUCUAGCUGCAAAGAGAAGAGGCGGCCUCCUGAUAACUCCUUUUAUGUACGGACAUGUAAUAAAAAUCCAAAGAAGACAAAAUGGUGGUAUCAUGAUGAUACCUGUUAAUAUGAACUUUCUAGAAGUCCUACUGACAUUAUAAAAGCACUUUCUGAAAUCAUAUGGUCUCUGAACUUUAAACUUGGACUCAAACGCAAGCAUGGACUCAGACCACAAACAUGAGAGAUGAUGUCAACUGUGUUAACGGUGGCCAGUUGGAUGCAUGUUUGGGGAAAAAUAAAAACAGACGAAGAAUGGAAAUCAGUUUGAAGAGGAUGGAAACAGACCUGUCUAAGGGUUGCUGUGGAAAAAUGUAGAUAAAUCCAGGAAGAAUCCAGGAUUUUAAUGUCCUUUUUUAUUUUUUUUUGUAAUGAGAUUAUUUCUGUCUUGGACCACACAUAUUCCUGUUCAUUUUUGUCAUCGGUACGUUUUAAGGUCCACGUGUCUUGUGCAAUAACAAGGAUAGGUGCAAAGCAGGGCAAAUAAUGAGAAAUCCAAAACGAAUCUGGAAAUGAUUGUAGUGUCCUUCGCUUCUUCUCUUUCCUUAUAUUCCUACUGAAACGAUAUGCACUGUGAAACGAUGACAGAAAAGAUCAGUUCAUUCUGAUGAGGAUAUGGCGCACUGCUUCAGCGAGUUUCUGAUGUUCCACUGUAAAAUAGUUUAAUUUAAGAAAGGUACUGUUUUCGUCUCAAGUUCUGCUAUCAGUCGAAAUGGUGGUUUCGUUGUUAUUUAUGCUUGUAAGGUCUAUAAUUUGUUUGUUUGAGCAUCAAAACCAACCUUGACCAUCCAUGAACUCAUGUUGUCCUCUACAAAGUCAUACGGGAUGAACCAGUGUUGUAUGUAGGUUUGCCGCUAAAGCAGAUCUGUAGGUAACCCAGUUUAUUGAAUGUUGACAAGAACGUUCUGUCUUGUAUUUGUAUUUGUAUAAAAAUGUUCUGUUCUACGAGGCAUAAGCGUGAAUCUAUUUUUUUAGAUUCAUCAAUCAAAAAUUUUUUGCUUCAUCCAUAUUUUUUAUUUUAUUUAUUUUGGUUCAAGCAAUGAAAAAACUGAAGAAUGGCAGUAUGUUCGAGAGUGUAUAUCUUAUUUGAUUCUUGGGGACAUGUUUUAUUCUCUGUAACCUAUAUAUUGUCAAGAUGCUGAUUAUCCUGGUCAUACUUGCCUGGCUCAGGUGAUUUUUUUCAAGGAAGGGGGAAAAAAAUCUAAAAUAUUCCUAAAUAUUUUCCAUUUGAUUAUAUUAUCUCCUAAAGGACUGUUACAUAGUUCAGACAAAAUUACAUGGUCUACAUGUAGAUAUACAAAUUAUGUUAUAGCAGAGCACAUGUUUGAUAAUGUUUGGAUCCUGCACUUUUUCCAAAUUUAGAUUAUUUUAUUUCUCCAAAAAUGAGUGUUUCUAUGGUCACAGAUUAUCCGGUAGUUGCAACCCGAUCUCACGGCAAUUUGUACAUUUUUCACAUUUUACGAGUUGCACAAUUCGUAUGAAAUUGUACGAAUGACCUACACCUAACCCCGCCCCUAAACCUAACCGUCACUGGGGUUUAGACAAAUCGUAUAAGGUCGUACAAAUUCGUACAAAUAAGCCACCUCGUAACAUAUGUACGAAUUGGCCGUGAGAUAGCGUUGGUAGUUUUGCUUUUGUGUUAUCUUGGUAGGGUGGGGUAACAUUUUUUGUCCCCAACAAUUCUAUAUCUUAUGGUUUGGUAUCAAUUGUAUUUGACUUUAUGGUAUCUGGUCAGUAAUGUGAGAUCUCACACUGUUUAUUAACUUCAUACACCCCAAAGAUGUAUUUUUAGCCACCCAUUCAGAAAUACUUGAAUAUUCCAAACCUGGUUGGCUUGUCUUCUGUUCCGUUGUCUGUGGUACAGUGUGCUUAGACUUCUAAGUGAAUGUGCUGGUGGAGGAAAAACAAAAAGAAAUGGAGAUGGCCAUGACUCUUCCCUCUGCACACAAUAUCAGGAUACUUUAUUUAAUGUUACACAUGUAAUUGUCCUUACUACUGAAAGAGAAUGUGUGGAAAUGACAACAGGGCUAAACUUGAAUGUGUGAUUGGUGGAUGAGAAAUAUAUUGACACCUGUGAUCGUUUGAAAGGAAGUCAAUAAGUGUACACACUUCUGGUUAAGUAGACUUGGGUAUCUAAAAAGUUGUAUUCUUUUUCAUUAAUGAAGGGUUCUAUUUAAAUUGGUUUGCGAGUUGUAGGAGUUAUUGUUUUGAUAACUUUUUUUCCCGUUUUUUUAUGUAAAAAUUAUGUAAGUUGUGCCUGUUAAUUUAAAUAAUAAAAAUACAGGUUUUGA